AUGGAGGAGCAACGUCUUUGGAAGUUCCGAAAGCCCGAGUGGCUGAACAGUGUCUGGGCACGAAACACGGGCGUCUACGCUGCAGGGGCUCUGUUCUCUCUCGCAUUCUACGUAAUGCUCGACUCGGCCGUAUGGUCCAAAUCCGCCCGCAACGGCUCCAACGUCCAUGUCAAAUUUGUUGACUGGCUCCCGCUUGUCUUCUCCAGUCUCGGCAUGCUGAUCAUCAACUCUGUUGAGAAGACACGCCUCAGCGCCGACUCCUUCAGCUAUAGCGGAUCUGGGGUGGCGUGGAAGGCUCGGGUAGUGCUUUUCCUGGGGUUUGCUGCCCUCGCAGGCGGCAUGGCUGGUGGCGUCACGGUGUUUGUGCUCAAGUUUGUGGUACCUGGUGUUUCUAUGCCUGCGUUGGGAAUGGGCAUUGAGAACCUCGUGAGCAAUGCGCUGGUUGGGUUCAGCUCCGUCGUUCUCUGGGUCAGCCAGAACAUGGAGGAUGAGUACUCUUACAAUCUCUCGAGCCUCCCACUCAUCACCUCGCAUCGCGCCGACACCAAUCUCGGAAUAUUCAUACAGAUUAGCCUAGCAAAGCAUCGCCUCAUGAGCCAAAGAGCCCAACCCCCCACAACCGGCACCCACCGGCCCCGGGCGCCAGGAGCCGUUGCGUCGGCCGUUCGACCCAAUCUUUUCCGCAGCCAGCUAACGCGACGACCGACGCCGAGCUCAUCCAACUCGGCGGACACGGUGCGCCUCGACGUGGAAGUGCUAUCGGACAGUUCCGAGAUUGUGGUGAGGAACCAGCAGGGCGAGAUUGAGCUGGGCGAUCCGCCGACGCCCAUUUUGGAGACGGAUGAGCCUGAGGACCGGGACGAGAGCGAGAAGGAGCGACAGAGACUUGCAGAGGCGGUGAAGCAUCACAGCAUCAACCAUAGUACGGUGCCGGAUCAACCUGAGGAGUUGCUGGAGGCUGUGAGGGCCAGUUUACGCGCCAAAGUCGCGGCUCUUGCGGACGACAACUGGAUGUUUGAGGCCGAGGACCAAAUUCGAUAA